ACACUCACAUAACAACAGAAGCAAAAAUAUAGAAGCUUCUCAAUUAAUUGCAAUUAUAUUUGGCAACAAAUCAAUUUAUUGUUGAUGUGAUAACUAAAUAGCAAUUAAAUAAUAAACAAUCGCAUCACAGUGGCAAGUGUCUUAUGUUUUGAGCCAAAGUGGCAACGCUAUAUUGGCAAACAAACGGUGCUUCAUAGAAUGCAAUGCAGUUUUUUUUUUUUUAUUUGUUAUAACAUAACACUAUACCAAAAACUCCUAAAACUUUGAUUUCAAAUUUUGCAAGUUAGACAACUUAAUGCAAAAUUGCAAUAGUAAUAAAGUCUCGCAUGUAGAACCUCUGCAGAAUUUUGAAGUUAUUUCGGCUGCAAGAUGCCUACUGCGCAGCAGACGCCACAGCAGACGCAACAACAACAACAACAACAAUUGACCAAUGAGGACAACAAUGGCGUCAAUGAACUCAAGUUAGAGGAUGACAAUAUGCCAAAUUUAUCAACACUGUCACUGGAUGAGCUAAAGCAGCUCGACCGCGAUCCCGAGUUCUUUGAUGAUUUCAUUGAGGAAAUGUCAGUGGUGCAGCAUUUGAACGAGGAACUCGACUCCAUGAUGAAUCAAGUAGAGAACAUCUCACGUGAAAACGAAAGCAAGGGCUCACAUCUUGUGGAGCUCAAGCGGCGGCUCAGUGAUGACUAUACGGCGUUAAAAACGCUAGGUGAAAAGUGUGACCAGCUGAACAAGAAAUACUUGAAGAAAUCCGAGGAAUAUGCCCCACAGCACAUCAGAGAACUAUUGCAAAUUGCUGCAUCCAAUGCGGAUGCGGAUUGCGAUCGGCAUGUGGAGCAUUUUUUGAAUGGCAAAAUCGAUGUGCAGACAUUUCUAAACACUUAUCAAAGCUCGAAGAAGAUUAGCGCAGAGCGCAAGGCCCGCGAAGAACGUCUUGGCACACAAUUAAGUGCACUAGAGCGUGCGGGCAUCUAAAAUAAUAAACGCGAGAGUUUCGAGGAUUUUUGUCUAUAUAGAAUUCUCUGUGCUCGCGUUCUUUGCUCAUUUGCCCGUUGUUUUUGUGUUUUACCCCCUUAAUACAAACAAUAUAUAUAUAUGAGAGAGAAAUGUUGUUCUUCGCAAAACCGCAAUAUGUAGUGAUUAAGGUUUUUAGCAAUUUAAUAUGUAGAACAAACAACGCGAUAGUUAUUUAUAAUAAUAGUGUAUAUGUAAAGAGAUAAUAAUGCUAUACUACUAUGUAUGUACAUCUUAAGUCGUUAGGGCAAUCAAAUUAUGGUUUUUUUUUUUUAAUUGUAUGGAAUUUGUGUAAUAACCAACCACAACCAAGAUUGUAUUGUAUUUAAUUGUCGUCGAUAGGCGACGGUCCAAAUAACUUAUUAUCCAACCGAAUGUAUGCGUAUGUACCAAGGAAAUAUAAUGUGUAUGACUUAAAUA